GGUCAGUGGCCGAGAAAAGGGGUCGGAGGGUACUUAUUUCUGAUCUGGAGGAAUUACUCAGUGGCUGCUCGCAAUUAGAAGAAUUGAAUCUGAUGUUUGACUUGUCACUAUUUCUUCGGAAUAACUUUGCUCGGGUUUGGGCUUUAGCUUCGGAAAAACUCACUUCUCUUGAGAUUGGCUACAUUUCUUCAGUUAUGGUGACUGAACUGCUUAGCCCUAAUGUUGGAUCUCAUCAGUAUCCGAAUCAAAUUCAACCAUCAAUAUUGCCUAGCAUCCAAAAAUUAUCGCUUGCUGUAGAUUGUAUUACAGAUACGAUGGUCAGUACGAUAUCGAAAGGUCUCGCAUUAUUGACACACUUGGAACUUCGAGAUGCACCCGUCAUAGAACCAAGAGUUACGUUUGAUCUUACCAACUCCGGCCUUCCAAUCAAUCAGCAUGGAAGAUUAAAACAUCUGUCUCUUGUUAGGAGCCAAGAGUUCCUCAGUACUUACUUUAAGCGAGUUAAUGAUCUCGGGAUCCUACUUAUGGCUGACAAGUGUGCAAACAUGGAAAGCAUUUGCCUUGGUGGCUUUUGUCGUGUAACGGAUUCAGGGUAUAAGACAAUUCUGCAUGCUUGUUCAAGCCUAUACAAGCUUAAGGUCUGCCACGGAUCCCAGUUGACCGAUCUGGUUUUUCAUGACAUUGCUGCAACUUCCCUUUCUUUGACUCAUGUUAGCUUCAGAUGGUGUAAUCUUCUCACCAACCAUGCCAUCAGGAGUUUAGUCUGCAACACUGAUCUCAAAGUUCUCGACUUGAGAGGCUGCAAAAACCUUGGGGACGAAGCCCUACAUGCUAUCAGCUCUCUCUGCGAAUUGAAGAUGUUACAGUUGGACAACUCCGAUAUAACUGAUGUAGGAAUCGCAUACUUACGCCAUGGCGUUAUUAGCUCAUUGAUUUCGUUAUCUGUUAGAGGAUGCAAGAAACUUACAGAUAAAUGCAUCUCGGUGCUAUUUGAUGGCUCUUCUAAACUGCAAUUGCAAGAGCUGGACCUAUCGAAUCUUCCUAAUCUCUCUGAUAAUGGAGUUUUAGCUCUUGCAAAAAGUCGGGUUCCAAUUUCUGAACUUCGAUUGCGACAAUGUCCACUCAUAGGUGAUACUUCAGUCAUGGCACUAGCCUCGAUGCAGGUAGACGAUGAAAGAGGACAUGGUAGUAAUAUGCGAUUGUUGGAUCUUUACAACUGUGGUGGCAUUACCCAACUUUCAUUCCGAUGGUUGAAGAAACCAUAUUUUCCGAUAUUGAGAUGGCUAGGUGUGAUGGGGAGUUUAAACAGAGAUAUCGUAGAUGCUUUGGCCAGGAAUAGACCAUACUUGCAUGUCGCUUGCCAUGGCGAGGAACUAGGGACCAAUCCGUGGAACAAUUUGGAUGGUUCAUACAUGCAUGACUAUGAGGAGUUGGACGAACUAGAACAAUGGCUGCAGGAAGGAGAGUGGGGGAGUGAUGAUGAACAGAUGGAGGAUGCUGAUGAUGAUGCAGAUGUGGUGAUGGAAUGAUUUCCCAUUGUAUUUUUAUGUUUGUAACUAGCUACUGGUGGCUAUAGGGUGUGCAUGUUUAUUAUCAA